UAAUUCCGGUGAAAUUCAAUGUCGUCGGAGGAGGAGCAUUCCUAUCGGUCACCGUCGUCGAAAUCGUGGAGCCGCUACGCUAGGGACGUGUAUGAUCCGGUGCGGGUGGGUUCAAUCGAUGGAAAAGAAGAUUUUCCGCAUGAUCGCGCUCUGGUCCGGGCCAUGAAUUGCAGCUACAAACCGAACCACAAAGUUGCCGGUGAGCCGCUGCAUACGAUUUUCGUUGGCCGCCUGGCACAUUCGGUUGGCGAGAAUCGGCUUCGGGAGUUAUUCGAACGUUUUGGAACGAUUGUGAGCUGUCGAUUGGUGCGGGAUAUCGUUACGGGGUUGUCCCGGGGGUACGGAUUUGUGGAGUACAAUGACCGGAAGAGUGCGUUGAAGGCCAUAGACGAAAUGCAUGGAAAGACGAUCGAAGGCAAGGAGCUUCUUGUGGAUGAAGAGUGGGAACGAAGAUUGGAGGGGUGGAAGCCUCGUCGGCUGGGAGGCGGAUUUGGAGGACGGAAGAAGAGUCAACAGCUGCGGUUCGGGUGCAAGGAUCGACCGUGGAAGAAGCCGGUAAGUGAACACAAGUAUUCUAGCAGGAGUGAAUUUCACCGGGCAACCAAACACCAGAGGGAGGUGCUAAACUCAAUUAGGAUUACCUAAGUUGGAGCGUUUUAUUGAAUAAU